AUGAACUACUACCGCCCGAAUGUUCCUCUCCGAGACCUGAUCUCGGAGGAGGACCGGACGCGCACACCGAAGCUGAUCAUCCUUGACGGUCCAUACACUCGAGAACUCUUUGCGGGGCAGCCCGAACUAUUUAUGGUGGCCGUCGAGGUGGGGGAGGACCGGACGAUCGACGACUUGAAGAAGGUCAAGGAGUCAAGCCCGUAUGCCGAGCUGCUCUUCUUCAUCAACUCCCCUUCAAACGACUUCUUCGAGAUCUUCCGCCCUGAGAACAUCUCCGACCUCCGGCUCAUGCCAAAGAGUGCCUACACCAAAGAGUGGAAUACCUUCGUGCCACGUGAUGACGCAUUCCACGCUCGACUCUGGGCCGGAUCUAGGAUGAUUGGAUGUCUGAAUUUAACAAACCUUCGAAACACGACCGAGCCGCCAGUUAUGAUCCCGGAAGACGUCUACUGGCUGUCCGUCAUGCGCGAUCUGCAUUUCGAGUACCGGGCACUACCAUUCGUGUUGGGUGGUACCUUACUGGGUUGGCGUCGCGAAUGCGCGUUAAUUCCUCACACUACCGAUAUGGACAUUGCCACAUUUGAGGAUGAAUUCCCGAUGGCAUUAAUUGAAGACGCCAUCAACAUGAGGGGAGAGCGCCUCCGUCUGCACCGCGUCAUCGGGAAGCCAGGCGACAGCUACGAGGCGACGUUUUCGGUAACGACGCAGCGCGGCACGACGUUCACCAUCGACCUGUUCACCAUGUAUCGCGACCCGGCGAAACGCUGCUGCUACACGACGAUCGUCUACGGCCCGCCAGCAUACAAGAAGUAUCGAGACGAGUAUCCAUGGUUUGAGGCCGACUUCUGCACGGCCAACCUGCACGGCUACGUCUUCCACGUGCCCUGCGAUCCGGACGCAAUUCUCGAGGCUGACUAUGGCAAGAAUUGGACCGCUGAUCGACCCAGCAAGGGCUACCGCUACGGGCCCAACCUCGUCUGGAACGGCAACUAUGGCACGAAAGGUGCGGAGCUGGUGCGCUUCUUC